UUCGGGACUGUUCUGCACUUUACAUUCUAUCCGGCGCUGCUGCAGAAGAAAGACCGUUUGUCGUUUGGUGGCGCAUGGCUAUUGUGGUGUUUUGGAAAAGUGCCAAAUGUUGAGCAGUGAUUUGUCCGAAAAGUAAAUAAACUUUUACAGAUUUUUAUUGUGCAUCUAGUUCUCCAGGUGUUAAAAAAUGUGGCGAAAGGUGUUAAAUGUUUCGCUGUUGCAUUGUGAAACUCAUAGGCAGAGUUCUCUUCGGAAAUUGUGUCGAGGACUCGCUACUCAAUUGGUCGAGCCUCAGGGACCAUCCGUGAAGACUGAAAUACCAGGACCUAAAUCCAAAGCACUACUCCAGCAGCUUAACGCUCUGCAGAAUGCUGGUUCCGUUCAAUUGUUCGCCGACUAUGACAAAUCUUACGGGAAUUAUCUGCACGAUGUGGAUGGGAAUGUACUGCUCGACGUCUAUACCCAAAUUUCGUCUGUUCCACUCGGAUAUAACCACAAGGAUUUACUGAAUGUGUUCAAGAACGAUCAUAAUUUAAAAGCUCUUAUAAAUCGUCCGGCAUUGGGAGUCUUCCCGGGUGAGGAGUGGCCUAGCAAACUACAAAGCGUCCUGAUGUCCGUGGCACCAACCGGCUUGGAUCACGUAACCACGAUGAUGUGUGGCUCCUGCUCCAACGAGAAUGCUUUUAAGAACAUUUUCAUUUGGUACCAAAGCACCCAGCGUGGCGCAUCGAAGUCGUUCUCGGAGCAAGAGAUGCAAUCGUGUAUGAUCAACCAGAUGCCAGGAUCUCCGAAACUUAGCAUCCUUAGUUUCCAUGGUGCAUUCCACGGCCGCACCUUGGGCAGUCUAUCGACCACUCAUUCGAAAUAUAUCCACAAGAUUGAUAUCCCUUCGUUCGAUUGGCCGAUUGCUUCCUUUCCCAAAUACAAAUACCCACUGGAGGAAAAUGUGCGUGAGAAUGCUCAGGAAGAUGCCCGAUGUCUGGCUGAAGUUGAAGGCUUGAUAGAGAAGUACGCCAAAAAGGGAAUCCCGGUGGCAGGAAUCAUAAUUGAACCGAUUCAGAGUGAGGGUGGUGAUAACGAGGCGUCACCGGAAUUUUUCCAAAACCUACAAAGAAUUGGCCGAAAGCAUGGUAGUGCACUGCUGAUGGAUGAGGUCCAAACCGGUGGUGGCCCAACGGGUAAAUUGUGGUGCCAUGAGCACUUCAAUCUAGAAACUCCACCCGAUGUGGUCACCUUCAGUAAGAAGAUGCAGCUGGGAGGAUACUAUCAUGGAGCUCAUAUGAAACCUGCUCAACCAUUUCGCGUGUUCAACACUUGGAUGGGUGAUCCAGGAAAGUUGUUGCUGUUGGAGUCGAUAUUGAAUGUUAUCAAGCAGGAGUCAUUGCUAAAGAAUGUAGAGAAGACUGGUGCGAAAUUGAAGAAGGGAUUAAUUCAAGCACAAAAUGAUUAUCCUCAUUUGCUGAACUCUGCGAGGGGCCGAGGAACGUUUUUGGCUAUCAAUUGCGCGAGUACAAAGCUGAGAGAUGACAUCAUAACAUCACUGAGACAGAAAGGCAUUGUAUCUGGAGGAUGUGGGGACAUUAGUAUUCGCUUCAGACCAGCGCUAAUAUUCCAGGAGAAGCACGUAGAUAUUUUCAUGAACAAAUUCAACGAUAUUUUGAAAGGUUUGAAAUAGAAAAUCCAACUGAUAGCAAUCGAGGUAUUAGGCCGUAUGAAUAAAAACAAAAUUCACCUUUACUUUACUUCAUUCAAGCAGUCGAGCAGUGAGAUUAAGUUUUUACUACGUUUGGUAUGAAUAAAAGAAACAACAAAGUGUUUACUUUUCGAAAAUGGAUGUUUAGCUGAUUUCGUAUGAAUAAAACAGCAUUCAUCAAGUAUUUACUUCGUUAUUAUCAAGUAGGCUCACGAGCAUACUUUGGAUCUGAAAACACAUUCAUUCGUUCUGAUGUCAUAUCCGAUUUAUGUUUAAUGCUGCUAUCUUGCGCUUGAAGUUAAACAAGUUAACGAUCCGCAUUGAUGGCAUUGAGCUUCGUUUACUAGUUUAGGGGAGCCUAAAAAAAUUGAUUGAUUUUCAGGCGGAAUGAACACGUUUUUCAAAUUUAAAUUAUGAAUGAAAAAUAACCUUUCCGUACCAAUUUGGCAUUCUGUUUAAAUGAAAAAACACUUUUGUUUGCAGGUGGUGAAAAAAUCUGGUACGAAUAUUGUUUUUGAAGACAACUUUAUAUUAUAAUGAAAAGUUUCAGUAAUGAUGUUGGAAAUGUAUAGACAAAGGGUUAAAUAAAAGUCAGAAAAAAGUGUUUUAAGUGAUUACAAACAUGAUCUGAACAUUUUAACAUUUGAAAACUGGCUUCGUGUCUUCUAAUAUGAUAGAUAUUACACUAACGAGAUAGGGACCCAAACUAUGGUCCCUAAUUGAAAGUCGCCACCAGACGUUGACACUAUUCCUUUUUCAUCGCGAAAUCACGCUUUGUCCAAAAAAAAAACGUUUUGAAACGAAACCUAAACAAUCAGUUGAUAGAUGUUUGACAAAGUAAAAACUAUGUUCGAAUUCGAAAAUCAAAUUAGUAAAGUAAACUUUUAUUCAUACGGAUUCAAGUAAAUACUAGGAAAGUUUACUUUACUUGGAAACGGGCAGAAUAAGUAAAUACUUUUUUUUAUUCAUACGACCUAUUAGUAGCGUUUUCCUGCAAAUUUGUUUGUGCUUCCUACAGAGAAUUGCAUUUACGUCAUGAAUAGAGUAAUUGCACAAAUUUUCGGAAGGCUGCGUACAGCUAUGCACAAUAGUAAGAGAUUACAAACAAAUCAUAACGAUAACAUUUACUGCACAAUGAUAAUAAUGAUACAUUGCCAUUAAAUAGAGAUAACAUUUGUCUUCCACAGAAUUGUGAUUCCAAACCAAAUAUGAGUGUCAUUUUAGGAACUAGAUAAAUGUUGUCGCAUUAUGAA